UGUUAAAAGAGGGUUCAGUAACUCUAUGGGUUACAAGUGAAGUUUCCAAGUGGUCUUCAGAGCAUUUCUACAUAAAGCAAAUCACAGUGAUCCAUAUAUGGGUAACAACAAAUCCAGAGGCAGAGCCCAAGCUUUGUACGGGCCUGCGGAUUCCUGCCAAGGACGGUGUAAUGAAAAAUAUGACAAGAAAGAUGAGUGCCACUGUGAUGAUAAAUGUGAACAAAAGCAGAACUGUUGCGAAGAUUACCACAUCCACUGCAGAACAGGUGCUACAGAUGGCAAAGAAAAGGAAGGAUUCUCAUACAGAGACAAUACUAUAACUGAUGAAGAACUACAAGUGGUAUCAGAGAAGAUUUAUCAUUGUGACCGCAACAGAGCAGCGGAGUCUGACAUUGUCCUGAAUAAGCAAUACUUCACUUCCAAAACAAGUGGGCAGGAAGAUAAUUCUCCAGAGAAGCUCUUCAGCUAUGUCAACCAUAAGAAACUCUUCUCAAGGCCAUCUUAUGCCAGCUUCAUCAAGCUAUUGGAUAAUUAUAAUGCACAUGUUGGGACACAGGAGAAAUUCACCCAAGAGCAGAUGAAGGAACAGGACAAUUUCCUCCAGGAGAUCAUGAAGACUGAGGUCAUGAAAGAGCUAUAUACAUUUCUUCACAGCAAACAUCGUUAUGACACAGAAGCAGAGUUUGUUGCCGAUCUUAAAAAUAUGUGGUUUGGCCUUUAUUCCAGAGGCAAGGAUGAGGAGGGUGACUCCAGUGGCUUUGAACAUGUCUUUCUAGGAGAAAUCAAGAACGAAAAAGUAUCUGGAUUCCACAACUGGAUUCGUUUCUACCUUCUGGAGAAACAGGGCAUUGUUAAUUAUUUCAGCUACAGCUAUGAUGGUCCGUGGACCUCAUAUCCAGAUGUGUUGGGAAUACAAUUCAACUUUGAUGGAUUUUACAAAGAGGUUGGAAGUGCUUUUAUUGGAAGCAGUCCCGAAUUCGAAUUUGGACUCUAUUCCCUGUGUUUCAUUGCUCGGCCUGGAAGAGUGUGUCAUCUGAAAAUUGGAGGCAAGAAUCUGGAUAUCCAAACAUAUGCUUGGGAUAAAUCCACUUAUGGCAACGGCAAAAAGUAUAUUGCCACAGCUUAUGUGGCUACCCCAUGAGGUUGCAAGAUUUAAAAAAAAAAACAACCUGAAAGACCCAGAAACAAUCCACAGAACAGCCAAUGUUAAUUUCUCUUCAUGCCAUUUCACAACUGCUGUAUAUCGUAUGUGUUCUUUUAAUGUUGUACUAGUGAUAUCUGGAAGGGAUCAUAGUGAGAAGAGAUUAUAAAUCUACAAGUCUUUGGCAGACUGUAAGUUCAGCUGGAAGGCAUAGGUGCCAAGUAACUUUAUUUCAGUAGAUGACACACAUUUCAGCUAAAGUAAAAACAGAAUGGAAAGUGAAAUAAUGUUUGAUUUUUUAAAAAAAUGAACAAUGGAGAGCAGCAAGUUCUGAACAUUUCUAAAAUCACUUGCCAUUGUCUUUUUCUUGAAAUAAGCCUGCUUUCUAUUUAGGCAAAAAAGAAUGAAGAAACUUUGCAAUAAGUUGAGUGUUUAUGUGUGUGUGUGUGCGUGUGCAUGUGUGUGCAUGUGUGCAUGCACACACAGUCACACACAUACAGGGAACACACACACACAUUUCAUUCAUUCAUUUAUUCAGUCACACUAUUUAGCAAGAGUAGCUAUUCAGGGAACUAAUUAGAAAUGGGGACAAGAAGGGGAAGAUAAUCUAAAUCAGUAUUUAAUAUAACUAUAUGAAAUAUCAAAACAGAAUCUUUAAGAAUGGUACUUAAUUUACUAUUUCUGAUCCAUUGAGUUUCUUUCUGAUUUUUUUUUAUAAAACCAAAACUAGUUCACAUGUACCUGCUGUGUCACAGAAACACAAAUUUAGUUGUCCAGGGUUCUUUGAAUUCCUUCCCUUACACUGGCCAGCCUCUAAGCAGCAUUAAAAUUGAGAAAAUUAAGACAUUGCACUAAAAGUUUAACAUUUGUGUUCAAAAUGUUGCUGAGCCAUGGACCAAGUGACUAGUCUUUGACUAAAACCACCAUUUCUCAGGCCUUUGAUUGGUCAUCUGGAGAAAAUGGUCUACCUACCUACCUCACAGGGCUGUUGUGAAGUUAUGAAAGACUGACGGCAAAAAUAUAUAUGUAGUAAGAUGCAAAAUAUUAUAUAUUAAUAGCAUAAUGCACCUGUAUGAUUUGGUUAAUAAAUCUUUGUUUGAGUACCUUGUUUUUAAAACAGCAAUUAUGAUGUUUAUAUUAGCCCUUUAUCCCCAGUAGUGAUAUUAUAUAUUUUUUUCCAGGAGAUAUGCAUAUCUUAUAGCUCUACAGUUUCUUCAGAUUUUCUUUCUGAAUCUGGCAGAGUUUAACUAUAGCAUUCAACUGAAACUCAAUAAACUGUUCAAUAAAUUCACAUUAGAUGUGGUAAAAA